AUGCUUAAAUCUUCUGAAGAAAAAGAUGGAUCUGAAAUGGAAAUACCAAAAUGCAUCGAUUCGUUUACUCAUUUAGCAUCAACAAAGCCUAAAAACAACAACUUCCCUAUGAAACGCACCGUUCGUCCUUUCUUCGUUCUUCUCCUUCUUCUCGUCUUCCUCGCCACGUUAAUCUCACGCUCCAUUCUUCUCAGAGGUAUAAUCUCAAUCGAGCUUGAAACGCGUGUGGUUAAUCGAGAUUCGCCGUCGUUAAACGCCACGCUUCUCAAACACGCUGCGGUCGAGAUCGGCGAGGAGAAAUCCCGGCAAGAGAUUCAGCAGCUUCUUGAUGGUAACUUUGCUAGUCAAGCACGGCAUAGAACAUUUGUUUCAUGGCGGAGGUUUAUCCACCAUGACGGUGAUAAGAGCUUCCCGGCGACACUCCGGUCGCCGCUUUUCUAUCGGUAUUGGAUUGAUUUCCGGCGAGUUUUGCAUGAUUGGGCUAGGAAGCGUAGGUUUCAACCCGGGAUCAUGAAUGAGUUAACUCGGUCAGUAAAGGUUCCACUCGAUCGGUUUAACAAAGUUGUUACUGAUUCUGGUGAUAAAAAGUACUCUUCUUGUGCUGUUGUUGGUAAUAGUGGGAUUUUGCUUAAUAGAAACUAUGGUUCAUUAAUUGAUGCACACGAGUUUGUUAUAAGGUUAAACAAUGCUAGGGUUGAUAACUAUGAAAACAAAGUUGGGAAGAAAACAAGUAUUUCGUUUGUGAAUAGCAACAUUUUGCAUUUAUGUGCAAGAAGAACAGGGUGUUUUUGUCAUCCUUAUGGUGCUAAUGUACCAAUUGUUAUGUACAUUUGUCAAGCUGUACAUUUCUUGGAUUACACUGUUUGUAAUGCAUCUCAUAAGUCUCCUUUGUUGGUUACAGAUCCUAGGUUUGAUGUGCUAUGUUCUAGGAUUGUGAAGUAUUACUCAUUGAAGAGGUUUGUGGAGGAAACAGGGAAGGGUUUGGAACUAUGGGGUUCUGCUCAUGAUGGUGCUUUGUUUCAUUAUUCUUCUGGUAUGCAAGCUGUGAUGUUGGCUCUUGGGGUAUGUGAUAAAGUUAGUAUAUUUGGGUUUGGUAAAUCACCUUCUGCCAAACAUCAUUAUCAUACUAAUCAGAAAGCUGAACUUCAUUUGCAUGAUUAUGAGGCGGAGUAUGCUUUUUAUCGUGACCUUGUUGAUGGCUAUAAGCCUAUACCCUUUGUAUCGGAGAAGUUUAAGAUCCCUCCUGUUGUAAUGUAUCACUGA